AUGAGCACGACAGCCGCCACCAACAAGUCAAUCAGUCUACAUCCAGAAGUGGACAAGGCCGCUCAGCAGAUGGACCUCGAUCGCGAAAUAUCCCCCACCACCCCUCUCCAACGCGAGGAUCAAGAGAUGCAGGAACCUCAUCCUCACCCUCCCGUUAACCCAGAGGAACCCAGAUCGACCGAGCCCGCGUGUGAACAAGGACAGGCACCCGAUCGCGAUCCUAAAGACGCCACCACCUCUCAACUCCAAGAAAACGUCAGUAAACAGCCACAGCAGACCCCCGUGAGAAUUGAGCACAGCUAUCGGCACGGGAGCGUAGAGGAGACUCAUCGCCAGGUCGAUCGCCCUGACCUCAGUUACCAGCACGUUCAGAGCUACAGACACGACCAUGAACACCGUGCCAGGACACAGCCUUCCCAGCAGAGUUACCGAUAUGGACACGAGCAGCAACAACAACAGCAGGUGCAAGUCUCAUACCACUACGGACGUGACCAGGAUCGUAGCCAUAGUCACCAGAAAGAGCAACAAUCGUCCCCACCACCAAGUCAGUCAACACAGGAGCAUCCUCAGCAGCACCAGGAACAAACAAGCCAAGACCACUCGAUCCAAGAAGGAUCCAACCAGGACAAACAACAAGGCCGCGACACCUCUAUGCCAGUCUCUUCUGAGCCAUCCCCAAUCAUCAAGCAAUCUCCAGUAAGCACUCCACCUCCCUCUUUCUCUACCACGACUACUUCUGCUGUUGACCAAGAAGAGCUCCCAGAAGCAAGCCCAAGCGCGGAAUCUGGAGCUGUUUCUCAGAGCCGGCCAAUUGGGUCACCCGACGACCACCCGCGUGACGUCGAGCAAGACGCAACCAUGCUGAGCCCAGAACCGCGUCCUAAUAACAAGCGCCACUCCGUCAGCGACGAGCCUGACCCUGAAGAUCUUGUCGAUCCCAGCACCGAGGUGGGCGCUUCCUCGUCGUUAGAACACCCUGGCACUGGUGCCAGUGGCAGCGGAGGGAACGCUGGCCAUUCUGGUGACGAAUCGUCUGGUAGCCACCCGCGUUCGUCCAAGGCUGCUCGCAAGGUGCGCGAGCCUAUCAGAAAGAUCCCCAAGGUCUACCCACCACGCAAGCCUCGUGUCCGCCCAGUCGCUGUCGAGCAUCUUACCAUGACCAUCCGGACGGACUCUGCCUUGUCGACUCUGGCCAGUGCCGCUGUCGCGAUCAAGGAUCACCAGGGUCCUCUGUCGACCCUGUCGGUACCACCAUUGUCGCCUAACAUCCAUGCGUCGUCGUCAAUGUCACCUCCCAACCACCAUCAUCAUCACGAUGGCUCACCGUCGUCAUCAACGGGUACACCUAAGGUUCCUAUAGCACCAACGAGUACAGGAGGAGCAGCAGUAGGAGCAGGAGGAGGAUCACAGGCAGGAAGUCGCGGAGGUCGAGCAUCGAACAAGGCGAACAUCCCUCAUGAUGCCGGAGGAUACCGUUGUGAGCUCUGCCCCGGCGAGCGGUUUGGGCGCGUGCAUGACCUGAAACGCCAUCAAAUCUCAAAGCACAACGAGAUGACGUGGCCGUGCGACUUUUGUCACCGACCAUUUGUGCGUCGGGAUGCUCUGUUGAGACAUUAUGCGGUCAAGGCCUCGCGACGGGACGGUGUCCACCCAACAACACAAGAGGAGAGCCGAUUGCAAGAGGCUAAAGCCCGAGCCAAGCUCUUGUCGUAG